GACUCGGGAAUAAUCUUUUGAGGGGCGGUGUUGAGUCAGUCGUCGUUCUUUUCGAUAGAAUAAGUACUGCGAUCGUUUCUUCGUUUCGCCUUUCAUCGGACUUCGUUUCGUUCGGCACAUUUGUCGAUUUCGUGCUGCAACGUCUUUGUUGCUCAAUUCUUCAGUUCCAAUGAAGAUGAUCUGCUAACGAAGAAACUCUGUUUGUUUUAUUGGGCCCUUCAUGCAGUGUCGAGCACAGCCACAGGCUAAGGCGCGCGCUUGGAAUCGGGGGGUUUUUGUUGUGUUGCUUGAGCCCAGGUCCAUAAGGCGAAGCGUCAGGAAGAUAGAACUACAUCUGUCUGAGACAGAUACAACUCGACAAGCAUCAGGAUAAUAACAUCACUUCGCAAUGUCUCAAAUGCUGGGCUCGCUGUUCUUGCCUUCUAGAUCAUAGUAUCGACACUUUGAUAGAUAUCUGAAGCGAAGUGGAAGUCCUCGAUAUGGC